GCUGGUCUUAUUAUAGAUUUACUUCAACCUAACGUGACUUGGUCAGAUUCAAGCAGUAACACGACAAAUUUCAACCUCUGGGUGCCAUGGCAGAAGUGGGAGUCACCAUUUCUCAUGGAAUCUCAUGCCCUGUACGGCACAAGGUGCAUUUUGAAAAAAAGGACCUAGAAAAGUAUAAAGAAAUCCAUCAGUUGUUUGCCUUGCCAGGACUUGGACAGCAGGAACUUAAACUGGACACCAGAAGCAGUACUGGAUUUGUAGGCAGUGACGAGGAUUUAGGCGAGCCCCUGUUCCGAAUCCUCCUGGAUGUGACCCAAUUCAAACCCGAAGACAUUCUUAUCCAGGUGUUUGAGGGGUGGCUGAUGGUCCGAGGGCAACACGGGGCACGGAUGGACGAGCACGGCUUUGUGUCACGAAGCUUCACCAGACAGUACCAGCUGCCUGAUCAUCAAAUGCAGGCAGGAGACCUGACAGCCAUGCUGUGUCAUGAUGGAAUAUUGGUGGUGGAAACCAAAGAGAGAUGGUGGGCAGCAUCUGAUUAGCUCUUGACAUGGAUGUCAUUUUAAGCAUGUGGGGUUAUUCUCUCAGUGGUAAAAGGAAAUUAGUGAAAUAUUGAUUGUGUAGUGUGCCAGUGUGUACAACAGUGUAAUAUUCUGCUUAUAUUUGACAAUUUUUUUUACAACAUACAAUAUACUCUUUUCCAGCAUGUGCAAAAUAAAUAUGAAACAUCAUAUUUUUUAUAUUCGGAAGAUGAAUGGAAGUAUAGACCAGAUGUUACAACAUAGAUAAUAAAGAUAUGCAUUUAAACCUCGGUGCUGUGUUUUAACCUUAAUUCACACCGAUAUAACAUCUCAUGUCAUUACGUAAUAUUUCUGUGCACAAUAAAAUAGCACAUGUUAAAAUA